AUGCCAUCCGCCUCCCUCCACUCCUUCCCCGGGGAGUCACCACCAGAUGGCGGCUAUGGUUGGCUCUGCAUGGCCGCCUGCUUCAUGAUCAAUUUUUCGACCUGGGGCGCUGUAGCAUCGUACGGCGUGUUCUUGUCCUUUUACAUGACAACCAACCGCUUCCCUGAGGCUUCGCCGCUCGAUUUUGCCCUCAUCGGUGGCUUCAACUUUGCCUUCGCCCUGCUGACCGCGCCUUUGGUCACCGUGCUCACUCGACGGCUUGGUAAACAUGUUACUAUGUCUACCGGCAUCGCUCUGCAAACUACUGGCUACAUCACUGCCGGCUUUGCGACCCGUAUCUGGCAGCUGUUUCUGACACAAGGCGUACUCGUCGGCCUAGGGGUCGGCUUCAUCUACAUACCCAGCUUGCCCAUCCUGUCACAGUGGUUCGAAGCGCGCCGCAGCCUAGCCAACGGCAUCAGCAGCGCUGGCUCUGGCUUUGGUGGCGCGCUGUUUGCCUGGUCCACUGGCGCCAUCAUUGACGCAUUGGGACUCCGAUGGGCGCUCUGCAUCACUGGUAUCAUCACUUUCACCCUGGCCGCCAUUGCCACAGCCAUCGUUCGCGACCGCAACAAAUACAUCCGGCCACCUCAGCUGGCUUUCGACACCACCCUCCUUGCACGUCAUGACGUCCAGUUGCUGCUGGCGUGGGCCUUUUUCAGCAUGCUCGGCUACAUCGCACUAUUGUUCUCGCUAUCCGAUUUCGCCCUGUCCAUAGGACUGUCGUCUCAACAAGCUACUGAUACCAUCGGUCUCCUCAACGUUGGCACUGCUAUCGGUCGUCCUGCAAUCGGUAUCCUAAGCGACAAAUCGAGUCGCCUGAAUGUCGCAGGCGCGCUAACUUUGAUCUGCUCUCUGUUUACCUUUGCAAUCUGGAUACCUGCGCAGUCGUUCGCACCCUUGGCAGUCUUCGCCGUGCUCGCUGGCGCCGUGCUCGGCGUCUUUUGGAUGACCAUCGGACCGCUUUGUGUGGAAGUCGCCGGUCUCAAGAACUUGCAAUCCUUACUCUCACUGUCGUGGAUCACCAUCAUACUACCAACUACCUGUGAGCUAGUAACUCCCAUUUCACGACAUCCCGAGCUGGCAACCAGUAGUCUCUGA